GAUAAGAAGACAAACACACUUGCACACUUCCACUUUCACUCAUUUUAUUUUUCUUCCACACCAGUCAAAGCAGCAUGGCAUAAACAUUAUUUCUGUGCUGCGUGUUGCUAUUUCCUCUGUGACACGCUGCUUGGAAAAAUAAAGACUAGCAGCAAUGGCUGCUCUACCCUUCUCAACACCCUGCAGGCAUUCCAACUCACCUUUACAUCACAAUUCAAAAUCAAGUUUCACAGGUUUCAGUCAAAGACACAAUAUUUGGCAAUUGUUUGCCAUCAAAAAGUCAAAUUCCAGAAGGGCAAUACGAAAGCUCUAUGUGAAGAAUGUUGCCAGUGACAAGAAGCGGGAACUGAAAGAUCCACCCACUGAAGACACUUUCAAUGAAUUUAUACCAGACUCUGCAUCUAUUGCUUCAAGCAUCAAAUUCCAUGCCGAGUUCACCACCCCUUUUUCUCCAGAGCAGUUCGAACUCAGUAAGGCUUACUUUGCAACUGCAGAGAGUGUUCGUGAUUCCCUCAUCAUAAAUUGGAAUCUAACAAAUGACUACUAUGAAAGGAUGAAUGUUAAGCAAGCUUAUUAUAUGUCUAUGGAGUUUCUACAGGGUAGGGCAUUGCUAAAUGCAAUUGGGAAUUUAUCGCUCUCUGGUCCUUAUGCAGAGGCUCUCAGAAAGCUGGGUCACAAUUUAGAAGAUGUGGCUAAUCAGGAGCCAGAUGCCGCCCUUGGGAAUGGGGGAUUAGGUCGGCUUGCUUCUUGCUUUCUGGACUCCUUGGCAACUUUGAAUUACCCUGCAUGGGGAUAUGGACUUAGAUACAAGUAUGGUUUAUUCAAACAGCAUAUAACGAAGGAUGGACAGGUGGAAGUUGCUGAAAACUGGCUUGAGAUGGGAAAUCCUUGGGAAAUUCUGAGAAAUGAUGUCUCUUAUCCAGUUAAAUUCUAUGGAGAAGUUAUUUCAGGGCCAAAUGGAAGUAAACAGUGGGUUGGAGGAGAAAAUAUAUUGGCUGUUGCUUAUGAUGUUCCAAUACCUGGAUACAAAACUAGAACCACUAUAAACCUGCGUUUGUGGUCCACUAAAGUUUCACCUGAAGAAUUUGAUUUGCGAGCUUAUAAUUCUGGAGAUCAUACCAAAGCAUAUGCUGUUAUGAAUAAUGCCGAGAAGAUCUGCUAUGUUCUGUACCCUGGUGAUGAAUCAAUAGAAGGAAAGACUCUACGGCUGAAGCAACAAUACACACUUUGCUCUGCCUCUCUCCAGGACAUCGUUGCACGCUUUGAAAAGAGAUCGGGAAAGAGAGUAAACUGGGACACACUCCCCGAUAAAGUGGUGGUGCAAAUGAAUGAUACUCAUCCAACUCUUUGCAUUCCUGAGCUAAUUAGGAUAUUGAUGGAUGUGAAGGGUUUAAGUUGGGAGAAAGCCUGGAAUAUUACUAAGAGAACGGUUGCUUACACAAACCACACAGUUCUACCGGAGGCACUAGAGAAAUGGAGUUUGACACUUCUGCAGGAUUUGCUUCCCCGACAUGUGGAAAUAAUAAGAAGGAUAGACGAGGAGUUGAUACAUGAGAUCAUUGCUGAGUAUGGGACGGGUGAUCUCGACUUGUUGGAACAAAGAUUUAAAAAAAUGAGAAUACUAGAAAAUAUCGAGUUUCCUAACUCAGUGUUGGAGUUGCUUAAUAUUAAAACAGACACUCCUACUGUUGAUUCUGUGGAGGAAAUUGAUGUUGAUGAUAAUGAAAUAAAGGCAACGGAAAAAAAGGAAAAAGAAGAAGAAGAAGAAGAAGAAGAAGAAGAAGAAGAAGAAGAAGAAAAAGAAGAAAAAGAGGACGAUGAUGAUGAUGAUGUAGUAGGAGAAGAGGAACAAGAAGAUAAUGAAAACCCAUCUGUUGAAGAGGAUAUUGACAAUAAAAUAGAAGUGAGAUUCAAAGUUGAUCUAAAACUACCAAUGAUGGUUCGCAUGGCUAAUCUAUGCGUUGUUGGUGGGUUUUCUGUAAAUGGGGUAGCUGCAAUUCAUAGCGAGAUUGUAAAAGAGGAAGUUUUUAAUGAAUUUUACAAGUUGUGGCCUGAGAAAUUCCAGAAUAAAACAAAUGGGGUGACUCCAAGAAGAUGGAUCCGUUUCUGUAAUCCUGAUCUCAGUAAAAUCAUAACCAAGUGGAUUGGAACAGAAGACUGGGUAACGGAUCUUGAGAAAUUGGCUAUACUUCGCAAGUUUGCAGAUAAUGAGGAUCUACAGCUAGAGUGGAUAGAAGCAAAAAGAAGAAAUAAGAUUAAGGUUGCAUCAUUUCUCAAAGAGAAAACGGGUUAUGCUGUCGAUCCAAAUGCGAUGUUUGAUGUACAGGUGAAGCGCAUUCAUGAAUACAAACGACAGUUACUGAAUAUUAUGGGAAUUGUUUAUCGCUACAAAAAGAUGAAAGAAUUGAGUGCUAAGGAAAGAAAAGAAAUGUUUGUUCCUCGAGUUUGUAUUUUUGGGGGGAAAGCAUUUGCAACAUAUGUUCAAGCCAAGAGGAUAGUAAAAUUCAUCACAGAUGUAGGAGCUACAAUCAAUCAUGAUCCAGAGAUUGGAGAUCUUUUGAAGGUUGUAUUUGUUCCUGAUUACAAUGUCAGUGUUGCUGAAAUGCUAAUUCCUGGCAGUGAGUUGUCCCAGCACAUCAGUACGGCCGGGAUGGAGGCCAGUGGAACAAGCAAUAUGAAAUUCGCAAUGAAUGGAUGCAUACUUAUAGGAACUCUUGAUGGAGCUAAUGUUGAAAUAAGAGAAGAGGUUGGAGAGGAUAACUUCUUUCUUUUUGGUGCACGAGCUCAAGAAAUUGCUGGUCUACGGAAAAAAAGAGCUGAGGGAAAGUGUGUACCAGACCCAAGGUUUGAAGAAGUUAAGGCAUAUGUAAGAAGUGGUGUUUUUGGGCCCUACAAUUACGAAGAAUUGAUGGGUUCCUUGGAAGGGAAUGAAGGCUAUGGUCGUGCUGAUUAUUUCCUUGUUGGAAAGGACUUCCCUAGCUACUUGGAGUGCCAAGAAGAAGUUGACAAGGCAUAUCGUGAUCAAAAAAGAUGGACAAAAAUGUCGAUCCUUAACACAGCUGGUUCAUACAAGUUCAGCAGUGACCGGACCAUUCAUGAAUAUGCUAGAGAUAUAUGGAGAAUUGAACCAGUUAAAUUGGCUUGAAAAGUUACUCAUGCUUCGUGAAUUUUUUCCAUUUUCAGCUUCUUCGUCUCUUCUAAUUAAAGUUCACGAGGGCUUGAAAACAUUGAGGACGGGUUUAAUUAAUUUUCUUAAAUCACCUAGCUAGUGCAAUAUAUAGAUGAGAACCUCCUCUGUUGUUCCACCAGAGUUAAUGUUUUCUUCAUACAUUUUGUAUUUUGUUGUAUGUGUAAGAAAAAAAAUCAAAUAAAAUUAAACCUACGAUUCUAUUUUGAA